AUCAGGCUGUGGCCAUGCAGACUGUCCGCCCUGCCACAGGAGAAGCCCAGGCCUCCCCCGGACCUCCCGAGUCCUCCCAUGGCUGGCUCCCAUCCUGUGGGGCGGGGAGGGGCUGCAACCUGCAUUGUCCCAGUCGGCAAGGUUCUGGGGAGAGCAGGCGGGCUCACGGCGUUUCCUCCCCUCUCCCUGGGGCGGGAGCCAACAAGCACAAGCCGUGGAUCGAGGCGGAGUACCAGGGCAUCGUCAUGGAGAAUGACAACACCGUCCUGCUGAACCCUCCGCUCUUCGCCCUGGACAAGGAUGCCCCCCUGCGCUAUGCAGGCGAGAUCUGCGGCUUCCGGCUGCACGGCUCUGGGGUGCCCUUCGAGGCCGUGAUCCUGGACAAGGCGACGGGGGAAGGGCUGAUCCGGGCCAAGGAGCCGGUGGACUGCGAGGCCCAGAAGGAGCACACCUUCACCAUCCAGGCCUACGACUGCGGCGAGGGCCCCGACGGGGCCAACACCAAGAAGUCCCACAAGGCGACCGUGCACGUGCGGGUCAACGACGUGAACGAGUUCGCCCCGGUGUUUGUGGAGCGGCGGUAUCGCGCGGCUGUGACCGAGGGGAAGCUGUACGACCGCAUCCUGCGGGUGGAGGCCGUCGACGGCGACUGCUCCCCGCAGUACAGCCAGAUCUGCUACUACGAGAUCCUCACGCCCAACACCCCCUUCCUCAUCGACAACGACGGAAACAUCGAGAACACCGAGAAGCUGCAGUACAGUGGCGAGAGGCUCUACAAGUUCACGGUCACCGCCUACGACUGCGGGAAGAAGCGGGCGGCGGACGACGCGGAGGUGGAGAUUCAGGUGAAACCCACCUGCAAGCCCAGCUGGCAAGGCUGGAACAAAAGGAUCGAAUAUGCCCCCGGCGCGGGCAGCUUGGCUUUGUUCCCUGGCAUCCACCUGGAGACCUGCGAUGAGCCGCUCUGGAACGUCCAGGCCACCAUCGAGCUGCAGACCAGCCACGUGGCCAAGGGCUGCGACCGGGACAACUACUCCGAGCGGGCCCUGCGGAAGCUCUGCGGCGCUGCCCCCGGGGAGGUGGACCUGCUGCCCAUGCCCGGCCCCAACGCCAACUGGACGGCGGGGCUCUCGGUGCACUACAGCCAGGACAGCAGCCUGAUCUACUGGUUCAACGGCACCCAGGCCGUGCAGGUGCCGCGGGGUGGCCCGGGGGGGCUGGGCUUGGGGCUCCCGGAUGGCCUCAGCGACCACUUCACCCUGGCCUUCUGGAUGAAGCACGGCGUGACGCCCAGCAGGGGCAAGAAGGAGGAGGAGACCGUCGUGUGCAGCACCGUCCAGAACGAGGACGGCUUCUCCCACUACUCGCUGGCCGUGCACGGCUGCAGGAUCGCCUUCCUCUAUUGGCCCCUGCUGGACAGCGCCCGCCCCGUCAAGUUCCUCUGGAAGCUGGAGCAG